GUAAGAAGAAUACCAUUUCCACAAUCAAGAUAAAGAACAUUUCAUUCUGCAAAGAUUUCUCGCUCCUGUGAGAUCCAGCCUUUCUUCCCCUACCCCAAGACAACAACUGAUAUGCUUUCAGUCAGCAAAAGUUCAAAAAAGCAUUGAUGCCCAGGCUUUCUUGACAAUGAACUCCAUUUCCUGACACACUUCACUGAAGGUUAUUUCUCCUGUAAUACAAAAAGAAAAUUUUGGUGGAAAACUACCCAAUAACCAAAAGACGGUUACUGUCAAGUCAGACAAGAAGAAGGGGAGCAAAUUCCAGCCUUUUAAGAAGUUGUUUGGCAAACGGAAAAAGAAAGACGCUUCACUGUCCCAGGACGCAUCAGCAGGGAAGAAUCAUUCUCCCCAGAGUGUCAGCAAUGGGACCUUCUCUUCAGAUGAUGAGACUCUGGAGGACAAUCUAAGGUCCUUCAGCUAUUCUAUGGGAACCCGUGCGUUUUCCCAUGACAGUAUUUUUAUCCCUGAUGGGGGAGCAGAAAGUGAGCAGACAAUUCAAGCAAUGUCACAGGACAACAUCCUGGGCAAAGUCAAAACUCUUCAGCGACAGUUGGGCAAGAACAUCAAGUUUGGACAGCCACCUCCCAGCGCCAUCCCCAUGAAGAAGGCAGACAGUGGGGAGGCGAGCUUCGAAGAGGAUCUGUUCCCCACCAGCCCCAUGGAAAUUGUGACUCAGCAGGACAUUGUGCUCUUAGACACUGAGAACAAAUCCAGUGAUACGCCAAGUUCUCUGAGUCCUCCGAAUCUGCCUGGAGCCGCCGGUGAGAUGGAGGAGAAGGUUGCUCCAGCUAAACCGUCUCGACCAAAAAGACACUUCUCUUCUGCCGGCACCAUAGAAAGUGUCAAUCUAGAUGCCAUCCCCCUGGCCAUUGCUCGCCUGGACAACAGUGCCGCCAAGCACAAGCUGUCCAUUAAGCCAAAAAACCAGAGAGUGGCGAAGAGACACAGGCGACUCAUUGGGGAUCGACUGCAUGAAGGUGGCCUUCUGCACCAGCUGUCCCUGGGCCAGAACGGACACUCUGAGGAAGACAAGCCCAGCUGGCAUGAAGAGGAAGCAGAGACACUAGACUCCGAGGAAGAGAAGAGACGCCAGGAUGAAUACUGGCGAGAACUGGAGGCCAAGUGCAAGCGGCAAAAGGCUGAAGCCGCCGAGAAGAGGCGCCUGGAAGAGCAGAGGCAACAAGCCCUGGAGCGGAGGCUUUGGGAAGAGAACAGGAGGCAAGAGCUUCUGGAGGAGGAAGGAGAGGAAGAGGUGACCGAGGAGCAGCAGCUACAGCCGGAGGCAGGAAAAAAGCAGUAUGAAGGGGAGAAGCAAGGGCUGGAAGAGCAAGUUUGCCAAGGUCAAGAGCAGGGGGAGCUGGAGGAAGGGGGGCUGCUGGAAACUAAGGAGCAGGAAGCCCUGAAGGAAGAGGCUGAGCGACUGGAGAGACCCCAGCAGCAGGAGCUGGGGGCAUGUGGCAGGUGGGAGGCCGGGAAGCCGCAGCCCGAGUCGGAAAGAGAGUUGGAGGAACUUAGAAGACUGGAGGAGCAGCGACGGGAGGUGGAGCAGCAGCAAUGGGAGGAGGAGCGAAGGCUGGACAAGCUCAGGCAGCAGGAGGAGCUGAGGCGGCAGGAGGAGGAAGAGAAAAGGAUGAAGGAGCUGAGGCGGCAGGAGGAGGAGGCAAAGAGCAGGGAAGACCUGAGAGGGCAAGAGGAAGUGGAGACUCAGAGGCAGCAGGAAGCUGAGAAAGAGCGGCAGGAGGCGGCGUGGAACAGGCAAGAGGAGAGUCAGCCGGAGCUGGACAACAAGAGGGGCCCAAGGACCCCACUACAGGAUGAUCUUGCAGAGAAACCAGAAGGCCAGAGCCUGAAAUCUGAGAAGCAAAGCGAAGACGCUGUGCAGCCCGAGGCCCAAGCGCUAGGAGAGGGAGCCCCGGGGGCUUUUCAUGAGGAUGAUGGUAGUGAACGCCGAGAAGAGAGAGAAGAAACCACUGUGCAGCGCCCCCAGAAGCAAGAGGUGCGAGGGGAAGCGACGGUGGCUGCAAUGGAGCUGAGAGAAGCUGCAGCCCCAGAGUCAGACAGAAAAGUGGAGGAGCUCAGGUGGCAGGAGGUGGACGAGCGGCAGACCAUGCCCAGACCCUACACGUUCCAGGUGGCUUCUGGAGGGAAACAAAUCCUCUUCCCCAAAGUCAACCUGAGCCCAGUGACACCGGCAAAAGAUGCGGGCCUGGCCUCUGCACCCCAUGAGCCCAAGGCCCCCAAAGCCAGCCCUGCCCCACAUGCCCUGUCCUCCUCCCUGAGCAUCCCCCACACGGCUAUUUUGGUCACAGGAGCCCAGCUCUGCAGCCCAGCUGUCAACUUGAGCCAGAUCAAGGACACGGCGUGCAAAUCUCUGCUGGGCUUGUCAGAGGAAAAGAAGCAGGUGGAAGUCCCGACUCCGGAGACCCCGCCCAGGGGGCCCGUGGACCCCCGGCCGGGCAGCGGGAAGGCCAGGCCCCCUCAGGAGCCUCCCAGCAGUGCUGCUGCUCUCGCUGAAUGGGCAUCCAUCCGGUCCAGGAUCCUGAAGAACGCAGAGAGUGAGCCACACAGCGAGAGAGACCGCGCCCAGCCAGGUGAGGAACAGCCUCCCAGGGCCCGGUCAGAUUCCCGGGGGAACCUCCGCAAGACCCCGCCCGGGAACGCGAAGUUCUCCAUCAAGUCCGCCUGGCAGAAGUUCUCCGACGGUGGCACGGAGACCUCCAAACAGAACAUAGAAGCAGAAAACAGAAAAAGACCUGGCCUGGGUCCCAGUGAAGAGGCAGCACCGCAGCUCCUGGCUGCUGGCACUAGUGCGCACCCGAAGAGCCCAGAGAAACUGGGGGCACACCAGGAGCCAACGGACACCACAGAAGGAUGCAAAUUUGCCAAAGACCUUCCAUCUUUCCUUGUCCCAAGCCUCCCUUACCCUUCGCAGAAAGCAGUGGCCCACACAGAGCCUGUGACCACUUCGGACAGUGAGACCCCCAGUGGGACAGCAAAGCCAGACCUCACGAUGCCAGCGGCGGAAGAAAAAGCCUCACCGUUUGGGAUAAAAUUGAGAAGGACCAACUACUCACUGCGCUUCCACUGUGACCAGCAGACAGAACAGAAGAAGAAGAAAAGGCACAGCAGCACAGGGGACAGUGCCGCCGCUGAUGGGGGCCCCCCUGCACCUCGGGGCACAGCUGGAGAGAAAGACGCAGAGCGCCCAGCCCCCAAGCCUGGCCCAUCCCACCCGCCAGAGAGAAAGCUAGCCCCGUCCCCCCGGAAGGACUCUGCUGAGAGCCCUUGCAGCCACCCUCCGGCCACCAGCCAGCCUCGGUCUCCCUCGGCGCCCAGCCAGACCCCAGCUCCAGAGCCUGAAAAGGUGGCAAACAAAGUGCCCCUGGCACAGAAGCCGGCCCUGGCUCCCAAGCCCACCAGCCAGACCCCACCGUCCUCCCCGCUCUCCAGACUGAACCGACCCUACUUGGUAGAGCUGCUGGCUCGCAGGGCAGGGAAGCCCGGCCCGGAGCCAAGCGAGCCCUGCAAGGAAGGCCGGAGGAGCGGGGAGCCCCAGCCACCCUCACAGCCACCCUCGCAGCCACCCCCGGAGGUGAGGCAGCCACCGAAGAGGGACGAGGAGGAAGAGGUGGAAACUGAGAGGAAGCCCACUUCACCCGCACCGGCAAUUGCUGGGCAGAAGCCUUCCCCGGCGCCCGAGGCUGGGAGGAAAGAAAAGCCGGUGCUGCAGAGCAGGCACUCUUUGGACAGCUCCAAACUUGGGGAGAAAGUGGAAACUGCGCAGCCAUUGUGGAUAACAUUAGCACUGCAAAAGCAGAAGGGGUUUCGGGAGCAGCAAGCCACGAGAGAAGAGAGAAAGCAAGCCAGGGAGGCCAAGCAGGCGGAAAAGUUCUCCAAAGAAAACGUCAGCGUCAGCCCACAGCCUGGAAGCAGCAGUGUCAGCAGAGCUGGUUCCCUGCACAAGCCCGCUGCUCAGCCUGAGGAGAAGCCUGAGACUGCAGUGGCCAGGCUUGAGCGCAGAGAACAACUGAAAAAAGCCAACACUCUUCCUACAUCUGUGACAGUGGAGAUCUCUGAUUCAGGCUCCCCGGCGCCGCUGGUGAAAGAAGUCACGAAGAGGCUGUCUACCCCUGAUGCUGCCCCCGCAUCAACAGAACCGGCUUGGCUGGCUUUGGCCAAAAGGAAAGCCAAAGCCUGGAGCGACUGCCCACAGAUAAUCAAGUAGCAAGUGACUCUCGUCCAUUCCUGCUGCCAGUUACUGGCUUCUCUCCUGUCCUUUUUAUUUAUUUAUUUUUUAUAUAAGGUAAAGAAACCAAGCUAGGGGGAAAAAAGCAUGUUUUAUAGGCUCUAAAAUAAUGUUUUAGUAACUGAACCUGUUGGUGUUCCUUGUAAAGAGUGUAUUUGCACAACCCUAGGUCCUGGUGCCUUGAGCUCCUAGUUCUAAACAGAAGAGUCUGUCCAAGGACCGCGUGAAGCAAACUCAGACUAAGAAACCCCUGGGAGCCUGCGGUGUCCACUCCACAGCCUUCCCACUCAUUUCCUCCCCAGACCCCCUUCAGAACAUGUACUUUUGCCAAUCUUUGUAAUGUUUCUUUCUUUUUAAUUGUCUACUGCGAUUUCCAACACAUUUAUGCCACCACAUCUUCGGGGAUUUCCACCCCUUUCUACAGUACUGGUGAAAGGACCAGAUACAGAUAGAAACAAGAAGGGCCAUCCUCUCGAACAGUGCAUCACAGCUAACAGCCUGACUCUGCCAUGUCUGGUUCCCGUGCGUUUCCCCACCCUGAUACUGUACCACAAGAUGCAAAUCCAGUCACACUCCAGCACUGUGGACACGCAGGUCAUCAUGCCAGUGCUCUCACUUGGCCUGCUUGGCUCUAGGAGCGUUUUAACUUAACAUGACCGAGAAUUGAAGCUACCAAUUCCUUUCUGUCUCUGAGAUCCCCACCUGGUGCAGUGGUUCUUCAGAGGUCCAGGCUUCCUGUCAGACUUGCUGCCUCAGACCUGCGAGGACAGAGCUGGGAGUGUAUAUUCUAGCAAAAACUCUUCAGAUAAAUUCUGAUAUGUCCCAGAGGUUCAGAACCUUGGGAUUACACUGCCUCUAGUGUUAGGUAGUCUUAAAAACUCUGAAGGAGAGCCCCAUUUCACCCAAAGAAGCAAAAGCGAGACAGCUGUAAUAUAACAUGGUUUUACAUGACAGGUAAUGUAAACAUGUUGUAAUGUAUACUAUAACAUACAAGAGGCUACUGACAUUACAUGUCUCUAAAAAUUUCCUUAGGUCAUUAAGGAAAGUUCACAGCAAGCCAAGAUUUGGAGCCUUUGUACUAAGGUUCUUCUGCAAGGAGUUUUUUUGUUUUUUUUUUUUUUACCAUAAUCAAAUAAUUCAUAUUUAAUCAAGUAAUUCAUUUAAUGUUCAGUAGCAUUUAUAAUUUAGAGCAUUCACCUUGCUACCUUGAAAAAACAUUUCAGAGUUUUAAGUGGCCUUGUUAUGUGCACAUGAUGAAAAGAAGGGACUUGGCAAAUUAAAAGCCUCAUUUAAUUUUUCUUUCCCUAACUUUGCUUUAUCUGAAACAGACAUGCCAGCAAAUGCACACAUUGCUGAUACUAACACUGUGUUUCAUGAUGUGAGCAUAUUUUCUUUGUCUUAGGUUCUGACUUCAAAAUAUAAAUCCUUUGCCCAGUGGAGGAGGAAUUGCACCCAUUUUUUUUUUCUUUCCUAGAAAAACUUUUUAUUAGUAGCCAUCAUUUUCCUUUAUACUCACUCAAUGCGCAAUGUGCUAUUACUCUAUCAUUGACCUUAAAGAAAGAAUGACAGCAUCUAGAAAGCAUUUUGUUUCUGAAACAAUGGUUCAGGCUCACAGGAGCAGCUGGCAUGUUUGAUCAAGGGGGUAGGUAUACUCUUGCAAAUUGGAUUUAUUGGUAUGUAUACUGGACAUUCAGUCUUUUAAGAAUCAAUGUAAUCUUAACUUUUUUUCUAUUGCUAUGGGAGGUGAUAAAUAUUCCACUGCACGUUUUCCACUGAUGUCCAUUUCUAAAACAAAUAUUUAAGGAUUUGUUAGUUUCAAUGAUUUCCUCCCUAAUCUAACACACUAAUGGGAACCUUUCAACCCAGAACUCUGGGGUUAUAGCGUUACAGCAAUUCUUCUGAAUUGACCUUUUCUUUCAUCCUAUCAGCUUUGGAUAAUAUCAUAGUAAUGGCAGAGAACAGGGACAGAAAUCGCGUCAUUAACGCAGAAUGGAAGGUGAGUCAAGUCUAUUCUGGCUAUCUACCACCAAACCUAUAAAGGUCAGAGAGAUUCCUCAGUUAUAAAGUUUCUAUUACAGUCUUUAAAAGAAGAGUAUGCUGAGGAAAGUACAGUCACAUGUUUAAUAUUUCAAGUAAAAGUUAUUCAAACUUUGCACUAAAUACCAAUGAAGUAUUAUUUUGCUUUAGUUGUGUGGCAGCCUUUCUUAACAGAUAUGAGGAAAUUCUGUAAAACCGUACUAAAAAAUUCAAGGCUUUUUAAAAUUAAUGAUUGCUAUGUUAAAAACACAAGUUUUCUUUUUUAAAUAAACAUACAUUUCCCUGGCAAGGUUACAGAUAAUUAACCUCUGUUCAUAGACAUAUAUAUAUAUACAUAUAUAUAUAAGACUUGAGUUUUUGUUUACUUUUUUAAUUUUUCAAGUGCAAUUGUUUCUUAUAUAACAUUACUAAUCUCUAUUAAAUUAUCAUUUUAGCCAGUUAUCAGCAAAUUAUAGUAUGUACUCAUUGUCUCUUGUGACAUUUAGUUUGCUUAUUUUAAAGCAGAAACAUUAGAGUUACAAGUGUCUUGCAAUAUUUUUACCAACAAUAAAAUUAAGUAGAGACUUAAUGAACGUAUCUUAGUGUGAUUUUAAUAUUAUUCUGAGAUUUGGGUUGUAUAAAGUUUUACUGUAAAAUGUCCAUUAUUGAAGGAAAAGAUCUUUCAAUAAAAAAUACUCACAAGGUCUCCAGUAUUGAUGGAAUUUCCUUUUCAAGUUGAAGUUUUCACUAAUUUCAGUGAUCAUCUACAAGAAUGCUUUUGUUCAAAAAAACAAAAACAAACAAGCAAAAAAAAACC